UGCGCUUCGUUGCAGGCACUUGACGGGAAACAUGCCCAGGAUAACGCUGAACGGCAUCACGGUGGAUUUCCCCUUCCAGCCCUACAAGUGCCAGGAAGCCUACAUGGCCAAGGUGAUCGAGUGUCUGCAGAAGAAGGUAAACGGCAUUUUGGAGAGCCCUACAGGCACAGGAAAGACCCUCUGCCUGCUGUGUUCCACUCUGGCUUGGCGGGAGCACUUUAAAGAUACUAUCUCAGCCCGCAAAAUUGCACAGCGUAUGAAUGGAGUGGAGCUCUUUCCCGAGAUACCCUUGUCAACCUGGGGCAACGCUGCGACAGACGCUGAUAUCCCAACUUAUUACACUGACGUUCCCAAAAUAAUUUAUGCCUCCAGAACUCACUCACAACUUACACAGGUCAUUAACGAGUUAAAGAACACAGUCUACAGGCCAAAGAUAUGCGUUUUGGGUUCCAGAGAGCAGCUUUGCAUCAAUCCUGAAGUGAAGCGACAGGAGAGCAACCACAUGCAGAUCUACAUGUGCCGGGUGAAAGUGAUGACUCGUGCUUGCCACUUCUAUAACAACGUGGAAGAAAAGAGUACAGAGAGAGAACUAAUGGAGUCAAUCAUGGAUAUUGAAGAUUUGGUUAAAAAUGGGAACAAGCACAGAGCUUGUCCUUAUUAUCUCUCUCGAAGCCUGAAGCAACAAGCAGAUAUUAUUUUUAUGCCUUACAACUAUUUACUAGACUCAAAGAGCCGGAGAGCACACAGCUUGGACCUGAAGGGGACUGUGGUGAUACUCGAUGAAGCUCACAAUGUGGUAAGAGAAGUUGUGUGAGGAGUCGUCUUCUUUUGAUUUGACACCCUACGACUUGGCUUCGGCAAUGGAUGCUGUGAAUGUCAUACUGGAAGAACAAGCCAAAGUAGUUCAGCAGAAUGAAAUAAAUGC